GUGUUUCUUGCUGGUUGUUCUCUCUAUCUAGCCGUGAGGCAUGGCGAGUCUCCGUUCUUCAGCAGUUUACUCCGUCGUCUUAAUUACCCAUUCGGCCCCUCCGGCGUAGGUGCUCCCUCCCGGGUUAGUCCCAUAUUCCAAAGCCGACUGAUGACGUAUCUCUUAAAUAUCGGCAAUCUCCGACGGAGCAAGGUUGCUCUUCCAACUGGAUCACCCCGUAUUAAAGAAUCUCAUUCCAUCAUGGAUUAUCUCAACUCCUCAUUGCCCAUCGGUUGCAUUGCCAGGGAUGCGGUUUCACCUUCCUCGCCAUAUUCUUCUCUGUGCCCCGAUUCCGACUAUUCUUCUUCGGGUCGUGCUUCACAAAUCGAUGGAAUUAAGCCUUCUGGCGAUUCCGCGAGAGAUGUGCUCCUCUUCCCGAAGGUUGGAGUAGAUUAUGACAGUCUCAACUUCACUUCUCAACCGUCUUCUCUCUGUGAAGAUGCUGAUGAGAGUUGCUCUUUUUCGGAUACGAGUCAAUUUGCGAUGGAUGAUGUCCACUCUCCGCCCAUCUCGCAGUGUGCUCGUUCGCCUCGUUGUGGAUGCGCCUGUCCCUGUCAAGGCGAGGUGUUGGCAAAUGAAUUGUCCAAGCGCUGUCAGCACUGCCGUGUCGUGAUACUGGCAGCCAAAGAAAAGCAGGAGGGCGAGGCACGCAAGAACGCAAACUGUCUGCUCGAGCAGAUUGAACAAGAAGAAGAAGAGUUAGCCAAGCGUGAGGCUCUUCAGGCCAAGAAGCGCGAGCGCAAACGCAUGAAGCGCAAGGCAAAGCAGGAGAAGGAGCGUCAGGGGAAGGGCGUAGUCGCGGACAUGUCCCAUUAUUCUCCUACUCCAGGCAAGAGUCCGGACAGCGGCAGCUGCGCUGAGGACAAUGGAAUUCUCGUUGGCGAGCUCAUACAGAAUGAAAGAAUAAAUGAUAAUUGCCCUGAAGGACAGAGGUAA